AAUAGAAAACUAAGAUUAAAUAUAUGUUUUAAUAGUGUAUAGUGUAUCAAGAAUCAUGAUUUCGCUCAGCAAAGUCUUGAAUUAUGACCAAAUGGUAGAUAUUUCUAAGGAAUUUUGUAGAUUAAGAGAAAGAUGCUAUUUAGAAAAUGCUGGGGCUGCAUUAUAUCCAGCUUCACUUCUUCAGAAAAUUAAUGAAGAUUUUACUAAUAAUGUAUAUAUGAAUCCACAUUCAGAUAAAUAUACUAAAGACUGUAUUGAACAAAUAAGGUGUUUAAUACUAAAACACUUUAAUACUGAUCCAUCAAAUUAUACUGUGAUAUUUACAUCAGGUACAACACAGUCACUAAAACUAGUUAUAGAGUCAUUUCAAUUCUCAAGUGAGGAAGUCGAAUUGAAUCAAGGUUCCUUUGUGUACUUAAGAGAUAACCAUACAUCUGUUAUUGGUUUGAGAGAAAUAGCUAAAGAAAAAAAUGUUAAUGUUAUACACAUUUCUCAAGAGGAGUUUUUAAAAUCCAUUAAGAAUUCUGUAACAUCUUUGAAUGCAUCAAGUGAUAGAAAAGGCAAUUCGCUUCUUGCAUAUCCAGCUCAAAAUAAUUUUAAUGGUUAUAAAUAUCCUUUAGAUUGCAUAGAUAAAAUUAAAAAUGGAUGUCUUAACAGUUACUUAAAAAAACAAUUAUGUGGAACUAGCAGUAAUUGGUAUAUUUUAAUUGACGCAGCUUCAUAUGUUUCUACCAAUAAACUUAAUCUAUCAGAGACACAACCAGAUUUUGUAUGUCUAUCAUUCUAUAAGAUUUUUGGAUAUCCAACUGGACUCGGAGCCCUUUUAGUUAAAAAUAAAAGUAUACCAGUUUUAAGUGAGAAGAAAUACUUUGGUGGUGGUACAGUGGACAUUGUUUUAAGUAGUGAAGACUUCCACGUAAAGAGAGAAACAAUAUGUGAAAGGUAUGAAGAUGGAACAGUAUCCUUCUUAUCCAUUCUUGCAUUAAAGCACUGCUUUGACACAUUAUAUUCCUUAAUACCAAAAAUUGUAAAUAAUGAUGUUAUGGAGACUAUUUCCCAUCACACAUUUUAUUUAGCUCAAGACUUUUAUAAUCAACUGAAGAAAUUAACACAUGAAAAUGGAAAUAAAGCUGGGCAUUUGUAUAUGGAUUCAGAUUUUACAGAUAUUACUAAGCAAGGAUCCAUUGUUACAUUCAAUUUAAAGAGAAAGAAUGGAUUAUUUGUUGGUUAUGCCGAGUUUCAGCACAUGGCCGAUUUAUUUAACAUCAGCGUGAGAACAGGAUGCUUUUGCAAUUCAGGCACUUGCCAAAGGCAUUUAAACGUCAGUAAUAAAAAUAUGAAGGCUAUGUAUAACGCUGGUCAUAAAUGUGGAGAUGAUAUUGAUUUACUUAAAGGAAAGCCAACUGGAGCUAUCAGAGUCUCAUUUGGAUAUUAUAACACAUUUAGAGAUGUUGAUAAAUUGAUUUAUAUGAUAUGUAAAUGCUUUGUUAAGAUUCAAAUUGAAAAGCCUAUAAGAACUUUGAAUAUUUAUAAAAACGGUCUAACAUCGAUGAAGGAAAGGCAGCUUGAAAAUACUUGUAAAUUGAAUGAAGAAUCUUAUUCCAACAGUAAUUCCAUAACUUAUACAGGCGUAUCAGAUAUUACUUUAAUGGAAAUUGCGAUAUUUCCAAUAAAAUCAUGUGGUGCAUUUAAAAUUAAUAGACACUGGAAAAUCGGACCAAAGGGAUUUCAAUUUGAUAGAGAAUGGAUGGUUGUUAAGGAUAAUGGUGUUUGCCUAACACAGAAGCAAUGCGCACAAAUGUGUACAAUUUGCCCCGAAAUCAACUUGGAAAGGCAAUGUAUGAUGUUACAUUGUCAAGGAAUGCCUUCAAUAUCAAUACCAUUAGAGCAAAUCUCAAAUAAUGAGUACAAAGAAUCCUCACUUUGUCAUAGUAAAGUUUGCACUGACAUUAUAAAGGGCACCGAUUGCGGCGACGCUGUAGCAGAUUGGAUUUCAAAUGCGCUAGGAAUUUCAUUUCUGAGGUUAAUAAAACAGUCGAGUAACGACACUCGAUCACAAAAGAAAAAAAAUGAUGGGAGCAAUAAACUAUUGUCAUUGAGUAACCAAGCUCAAUUUCUACUAGUAAAUAAAGCUACAGUAAAAUGGUUGAGAAAUAAAAUAGAUGAUCCAUUGUUCACGGACGAUAUAGAUUCGUUAACUGAUCGCUUCAGAGGUAACUUGGUAAUAGAUAUGGCACAAGAGCUAGCAGAAAAGGAGUGGCAGAAAGUUAUUAUAGGAGAUCACUUGUUUAACAUUGAUGGCCAGUGUCCACGCUGCCAGAUGGUUUGCAUUGAUCAAAAAACAGGACAGAAGACGGUUGAGCCCCUCAGAACAAUAUCUGAACAAUUUGCUGGAAAACUUCGCUUCGGAAUUUAUUUGAGCUAUGCCGGUACAGUUGACGGUUCUAAAUCUUCGAUUUUGAAACGAUCUGCACAAGUAGUACCAAUAUACAAUGAUGUUAGUGACAAUUCUAGUAGGUAGGGUUAGAAAUAUUGUCAAGCUUUUUAGCUAAAAUUUUUGUAACACCCUUUUACUCUUAGCAACUAUUAACAUUUUCUCUUUUAGGAUGGAGGCUAUGAGAGUUCAGUUUUCCCAAAUAUAAAAAAAUAAUUAGAAGUGAUAAGUAAAUGUAAAAAUUAAGUAUAUAGAUUAUUAUGUAACAGGGUUUGUACUGCCUUCCAUUAUACAUUAUUAAUAUGAAAAAAGUUACCUCUAUUUAGUAUAAUAAUACUAUUUCAGCUAAACAUAUUUAAGUGUGUAAGAGUGAUUUUACAUUAUAAGAAAAGGUUAGAGAUGUACUAUAUUUGUUGUUUAACAUACAGUUGUUCUCUAAUUUAUAUUUUGAUAGCAAUGAAUUUAAUAGGUACUAUUUUUAUAGUUUGUAUUUGCACUAUUAGUUAUAGAUGUUGGUUGUUGAUUCUUUUGUCUUGCCAUUAUUAUCUCUAUUAAUAUAAAAAACUGUGAUUUAACUAUUUACAUAAUAUAUACACUUUAUAUAAAUUAAUUGGAAUGUGAUGUAGAUGAAUAUAGAAUUCUAGGAAA